AUGAGCAGCGGCUACAGCAGCCUGGAGGAGGACUCCGAGGACUUCUUCUUCACCGCCAGGACCUCCUUCUUCAGGAGAGCGCCCCAGGGCAAGCCUCGUGUUGGCCAACAAGAUGUGGAGAAAGAGAAGGAAACCCACAAUUACCUCAGCAAAGAGGAAAUCAAAGAAAAGGUUCAUAAAUAUAAUUUAGCAGUCACAGACAAAUUGAAGAUGACCUUGAAUUCCAAUGGGAUUUACACUGGCUUCAUUAAAGUACAGAUGGAGCUCUGCAGACCUCCACAGACUUCCCAGAAUCCUGGAAAACUCACUCCCAGUAGCAAUGGCUGUAUGAACACACUUCAUAUCAGCAGCACAAACACUGUCGGGGAAGUGAUUGAGGCCCUACUCAAGAAGUUUCUCGUGACUGAUAGCCCUGCCAAGUUUGCACUUUAUAAGCGUUGUCACAGGGAAGAUCAAGUCUAUGCCUGCAAGCUCUCAGACCGGGAACAUCCACUCUAUCUGCGUUUGGUAGCAGGUCCCAGAACAGACACGCUUAGUUUUGUUCUUCGUGAGCAUGAAAUUGGAGAGUGGGAAGCCUUCAGCCUUCCAGAACUGCAGAAUUUCUUGCGCAUCUUAGACAAGGAAGAAGAUGAGCAGCUGCAGAACCUGAAGAAGCGCUACACGGCCUACAGGCACAAGCUUGAAGAAGCCCUCAAUGAAGUGUGGAAACCCGAUUAA